AAGGAUUCCCGAACCAGCGUGAUAUCGGAGCAACCGAAAGCGAAGUCUCUGCCUGAACCUCUCUUUGUCGAUCUGAUCAAAGUGCUGCGGAGAUACACGUAAAAACAAUCUUUACUUUACGCCACUAGGAAGCAAAACGGCGAUGUUGUACCUGUUACGACAACGGAUUCCAUUCCAUCGAUAAGUGAGGAGCGAGUGCGGCCCACUUUAUUUCCGCUUACACCUGCUCUCCCAACCGGUCAACUACAAACGUCGUCAUCCUCACUCCCUCGAUCAACUGUACGGCAUCGCCAAUUACUCUCCCGAGCUUCACAUCUGACCCAUUCGAUCUGCUUCGCAAUUCUUACCAACAACCACCGUAAUGACCGACGAACUAGCCACCAAAGCUCCCGAGAGCGAUGCGCAAGCUACCAACCCCACCCCUCCUCAGGCGUCGGCCGACUCUCCUGCUCCUACAAACCCGCCGAUGGGCGACCAUUGCACGUCCGACCGGCCGACACCAACAGGCCGGUCUUCCACAGGAGAGAUCACCAAACUAAACGAUGUCGACGUCUACAUCUCCAAACCCGCCGACUACCCACACACCCCAUCCCGCCUGCUCCUCCUCCUGACGGGCGGCACAGGCCUGCACAGCAUCAACAACCAGCUUCAAGCCGACACGUUCGCGACCCACGGCUACGUGGUUGUGAUGCCGGAUCUGUUCGCAGGCGACCCCGCGCCCAACAGCCGCGUCGAGUCUUCCUCUGACAACACCAAACAGCCUCCAUCGUCUCAUCUUGAGGGAGGAGGAAGAGGGGCCUCUUCGCUGCUCGACACACUGCGGCUGAAAGCCGCCGAGACGGCAAAGAGUUUCCUCAUCGACAUGUGGCUGGCGCGGCACACCGAGGAGAAGGUGCUGCCGAUUCUGGACAAGGUGCUCGACGGCGCGGGGGACGAGUUUGCGGACGCCGCGUCGCACGGUGGUGGGGUGUAUGCGGUGGGUUACUGCUUUGGGGCGAGGUAUGUCUUGCUGUUGGCGGCGGAGAAGGUAGGGGGAAAGCAGCAGCAAAGACAGGGCGGGGAAGGAGGGGGGACCGGUGAUGAGGAGGCGGGUGUGGUUGCGCCGCGGAUCAAGGCCGGCGCGCUCGCGCAUCCGACGCUUGUGUCUAAGGGGGACUGGGAGGGGCUGACGGCGCCGUUGAGCGUGGUCUGUGUUGAGAAUGAUCCGCUGUUUCCGGACGAGGUCAGGAUUGCCGGGGAGGAGUACAUGAGUGGCAAUGGGGUUGAGCAUGAGGUGCAGGUCUACCCUGGGAUGCCGCACGGUUUCGCCGUCGUGGGAGAAUACGAGGAUGCGAAUAUCAAGGUUGCGCAGGCCACUGCGUUCGACCAGAUGUUGAAAUGGAUCAACGAGCAUUAGCGGCGGGUUCUGCGCGGGCGUUCU